CAGCAGGGAUGUGGCCACCCCUGGCCACAGCCCCAAGUGUUCCCUGGUGGGCCAUACUCACUGAGCUCCUCCUCCUCCUCCUCCUCCUCACCCGGCUGCCGUGGAAGGACAUGAAUGAACCCUCAAACCUCUGGUCCAGGAGUCACCACAGCUGUCAGCAGAACAACUUGGAGCGUCCGCCCUUCCUGCCGCCAGUGGUCAGAGACUCUCUCUUCUGCCACACGGUCUGCAUGUCGGCAAGGCACUACAUCGGACUCCACUACAACCUCCACAACCUCUACGGACUGUCAGAGACGAGUGCCACCAACGCAUCCCUCCAGUAGGCUGAGAAGAAGCUCCAGAGCCUGGCCCCGGAGAUGGAGGGGCAGCGGUGGGCCAGGAAGCCCUCCGGCUCUGAGACGUGUGGCGCCACAACCAACAACUCCGCGUGCAGGGCGGGCUUAGAGAAAGGCUUUACACAGACCCUGGAUAAUGCUCCUGGUCUUGUUCCUCUUCUUCUUCUUGUUCUUCUUCCUCUUUACCUUAGUCAUGCUGCGUUAUGAAUCAUGUUAAUUAAUAUAUCCUCUUCUUCUUUACCUUAGUCAUGCUGUGUUAUGAAUCAUGUUAAUUAAUAUAUCCUCUUCUUCUUUACCUUAGUCAUACUGUGUUAUGAAUCAUGUUAAUUAAUAUAUCCUCUUCUUCUUUACCUUAGUCAUGCUGCGUUAUGAAUCAUGUUAUUAAUAUAUCCUCUUCUUCUUUACCUUAGUCAUGCUGCAUUAUGAAUCAUGUUACUUAAUAUAUCCUCUUCUUCUUUACCUUAGUCAUGCUGCAUUAUGAAUCAUGUUACUUAAUAUAUCCUCUUCUUCUUUACCUUAGUCAUACUGUGUUAUGAAUCAUGUUAAUUUAUAUAUCCUCUUCUUCUUUACCUUAGUCAUGCUGCGUUAUGAAUCAUGUUAAUUAAUAUAUCCUCUUCUUCUUUACCUUAGUCAUACUGUGUUAUGAAUCAUGUUAAUUUAUAUAUCCUCUUCUUCUUUACCUUAGUC